ACUUUGGUAACAUCAAACUAUUUUUCGUCAUUCGGCCUCGGUCAUGAAGCUCUUAACCUGAUUUGACAGCUUUUAGUCCUUCGAGGGCCGAAUGAACUGAUUGGCAAGCAUCUUGCCGUCACCCACCACGUCAUACGCGCUCUGCUUCGCUUCUGCUCACGCAUCCGUGUAUAAAAAUGACACGAAUUGUCGCGUCCCAGCACGCGCUUACAGAGAUACUCAUUUUACCCUUCUGGCACCACGCUGUUCAUGAUGAAGCUUGCACCUACUUUUACGUCUCUCCUUGCGCUAGUGUCGCUAGUCGCUGGUUCACUUACCCAGCAGCUGAACACGCGUACUAUACGCUUACCACUCGAGCGCAGGGCCAAUCAAGUCAACGCCGAGAGUCUACUAGCACACCUUGCACAAGUCUCUGCGAAGUACCGUCGGGGAUUUGCAGCGUAUGAGGCCAAUGAAGGACAUGCCCACCCGUUGAGCAAGCCAUCCAGUUCAAAAACACUGAAGCGAGAUACUGGUGAUGUUGGUUUGAUGGCUCAGGGUGUCGAGCUGUGGUAUGCCUCGAUCGAUGUUGGCACGCCGGCGAAGAUUUUCACAGCCUCUAUUGACACGGGCAGCGCGGAUCUCUUCCUUCCUUCCGUCAAAUGUGGUGAAAGCUGCAAUGGCCACAAUAAAUAUGAUCCAUCCAGUUCCUCGACAGCUGUUGAUCUUCACAAGUCAUUCGUGCUCACUUAUGGCGAAGGCGAAGUUGCGGGAGCACAAUUUGUUGACAACGUGGUAAUUGGAGGGUAUGAGGCCAAGGGACAGACCCUGGGGGCUGCAACAGUCUACUCUUCCGACUUCUCAAGUGAAAAUUUUGCACCUGACGGGCUAGCUGGCUUUGCAUUCGAGUCUAUAUCCGGAUAUGCAGCACCUCCGCUCUUUCAGACUCUCGUGGAAAGCGGACAAUUGCAGGAAGCUGUGUUCGGUGUCAAACUUUCUGCUACCCCCGGUGCCAGCGAAUUGUAUCUUGGGGGGACCAACACGGCGCUGUAUCAGCAAGACAAUCUCUCGUAUACACCUGUGAUUGAUGCGGGCUACUGGGAGGUAAAACUCGAUCAAAUUGUUCGAGCUGGAGUCCCGGUGGGGCAGCUGGAGGCAAAAUCCAUCAUUGACACGGGAACAACUCUGAUCGUGACUGAUACGGAAACUGCUGCAUCCUAUUUUGCUGGCAUUCCUGGUGUUGCGUCAUAUUAUGAAGAAUCUGAGGUGCUUUAUUCAAUUCCGUGCGAUACAAUUGCCAACUAUGCACCGACCCUCACCUUCGGAGGACAUCCGUUUACUGUAUCCGGAAACACAUUCAAUCUCGGGCCUACCGAAGAAGGAUCCAGUGACUGUCUAGCUGGUGUCGCGGGCGCGGAGGACAUCGAUUUUUGGAUCGUGGGCGACGUAUUCUUACAAAACGUGUACUCGAUCUAUGAUGUGGGUAGAUUGCAAGUUGGAUUUGCAGAGCUUAUAUAGGGCUCGUGAGGGCAUCUGAUGAGAGUUUGAUGGAUCUGUGGAUAUUUGGGUGAUUUCAUGGGUAUUAUGUACGGACAUUCGAGUAGGUACGGUUUGCCCAAGGCGUCGAUCACGGUGCUUAUCAAGUAUUGACAUUGGGUGAGCACUUCAUCCAUCCUUAUAUAUAUAUGAUGCAUGAUGAUUUGUACCGGGGAGACUACCUACGCAUCAUGUAUUCAGUUAUUCGUCUCAGGCAUCUCACAGUGGAGUAUUUUGUGAAUCAUUCCCGAGCGGCGAUACACUAGAUAGUUAAUCUCUAAUAAUCCUGUCUUAACU